AUGGUGGGGGGUAUAGUUUGGGUGAUGGAGGUGGAGGGGGUGCAGCUGUGCACCGUGUCCCGUCCCGAGGGCCCCGGCCCUGGGUUAUCUCCCUCUCAGGGUCCCUUUCGGCACCUGGAGAAUGGUGUGAUUGCGCAGAGGAGUGAGUCUCUCCUCCUUCACUGCCAGAUUCACUCACUCCCUGCAUAAGGACCUGCCAGGGAUAGAACUAGAGGAGAGAUAUAUUGAAAGAAGACAUUGACAACGGAGAGGGAGAGAUAUUAGCUGUCACUGUGCUGUAACUUCCACUGGACACCACUCUACUCUACUGCACUUGAAUAUCCUGCUGAAGUCUGAAAUGUAUACAGCCCUGGCACUUUUUUCCUUUUUCUGAUUUUGAGCAUAUGGAACUGAUUUGGACCGCUGGAGUUUGUCUUUAAACAUGAGCUGUGUUUACCAUGACUUGGAUUUAAUUGUUUUGCUUAGAAUUUCUGGAAGACUCAACCCCCUUCUCCCCCCUUGGUCUCUUCACAUCCCUUUCUUCAUUUUUCUCUAUUUGUCUCUCUCCAUCCCUUUCUUUCUUUCUUUCUUUCUUUCUUUCUUUCUUUCUUUCUUUCUUUCUUUCUUUCUUUCUUUCUUUCUUUCUUUCUUUCUUUCUUUCUUUCUUUCUUUCUUUCUUUCUUUCUUUCUUUCUUUCUUUCUUUCUUUCUCUCUCUCUCUGUCUAUCCUUCCCUUACUCAGGGCCAAAGACAUGAAGAACCGGCUUGCUUUCCUGAGGAGGAGGAAUGAGUCUCCUGGAAGCAACCCAGCCGGCAAAUUCGACAAGUCCUUGAAGUCAGUAAAGUGAGUUUUUUGUGUACUUAUGUUUGUUUGUCAAUGUUUUUGUGUGUUUGUCGUGUGUGUUUGUCACAUGCCCGCUUUCUGAGUCUCACGCCAGCUGGUGAUGACUUGGCUCAGAUAGACAGAUGAUUGGGCACUGUGAAGAAGCGCUUGUAAAGCCACUGUUGAGAAAGACAUAAAUUAAGGAGGGAAGGAAGGAGGAGGGAUAGCAGAUUAAUUACGUCUCAAAGUGUUUAACGAUCUCUGGUUAUCCGUAAGCUAAGGCGGAUGUGAUAGCCUUUACAGGUUAGGCAGAUGUGAUAGCCGUUACAGGUUAGGUGGAUGUGAUAGCCAUUACAGGUUAGGUGGAUGUGAUAGCCGUUACAGGUUAGGCGGAUGUGAUAGCCGUUACAGGUUAGGUGGAUGUGAUAGCCGUUACAGGUUAGGCGGAUGUGAUAGCCAUUAUAGGUUAGGUGGAUGUGAUAGCCGUUACAGGUUAGGCGGAUGUGAUAGCCGUUACAGGUUAGGCGGAUGUGAUAGCCGUUACAGGUUAGGCAGAUGUGAUAGCCGUUACAGGUUAGGCGGAUGUUAUAGCUUUGGUUAAGGAAGCCAUACGUUGUCGUAUAGUUCAUUUAUGUUCCUUUUUCUACCUGUUUAAAUAGAGAACGUUUUAGAGAGUGGAUCUGUAUUAGAUUUGAUGCAUGUGUUUUGGUGCUUGAUUUUGAGUUGCAACAUUGUGAAAUGUUGAUGGGUCAGUGACGGGUCAACUCUGCUAACAGAGCGAUAGGUCCGGUCAGACUACAUCAAUAUCCGUGGUUACGUAUCUAUGUCUAUACUGUAUUUAUACUGUAGCUAUAUGGCUAGUUUGAUUGACAAAACUGGUCCUGGUCCUGUACAAUGGCUAAUGUAUAAGUCUAAUGUAUAGUCUGCCAUUGCGUCUUUAGAGUAUGCUCGCUUGAACACAAGCUGCAUCUACUCAACUGCUAUUUAAAAGAAAUUCAAGCGUGCAUAAUGCAAUAAAUAUCGGCCAGCAACAGUAACAGAGCGAGCAGGAGGUCCAUUUGUUUGUGUAUGUGACAGGUAGUCAGUCAUACAUUAUACUGUAUUAUGCAAUGUUGUACAGAGACACAUACAUGUUUUGUCCACAGAGAGAGAGAGAGAGAGAGAGAGAGAGAGAGAGAGAGAGAGAGAGAGAGAGAGAGAGAGAGAGAGAGAGAGAGAUUUAAUUUAUUCACAGAGCCCAGUUGCAACAUUAACUGAUAAAAAUGUAAAUAAGGUAGAAAAUGGAAACAAAGAACCAGUAGUAUCUGUGUGUGUAGUGUUAUUAUAAUGGAUUCACAUGGUUGGGUCCUAUAUUCCUGUGUUGCCAUGUCAACAAGACUGCAGAUGUGUUGAAGGUGAGAAAGCGUAUCCUCUAUCAGAGAGCAGAGAGAAUGAGGGACGAAAGGGGCGGGCAUAAAAGCUGGGGGGUGGACCCUCAGGUUCAAACCCUCUCCCCAUUGGCCGGCUUAGUCCUGCCCCUCCCUGCCUCCUGAGCUGCAGUGAGAGGGAGUAUAAGAUGAGUAGUCCAGUGGAGGCAGUUAGACAGAUUUAUGCACACACACUCAUACACACUCACACACGCUCGCUCACACACAGCCCCAGAGCGCCAGAGAGUGUGAAAGAGAGAAUAAGAAGAAAGGAAUAGCAAUUCAACAGAGGACUAGCCAAAGGACCACACUGUCGCUCCUUACCAGUCCAGUGCAGUACAGUGGAGCACAGGGCUUCGGAUGGGUCACACUAUGAGAAACCUGGCAGAGAUGGGCUUGCUAAAGAACCGCUCCGCUUUCAUUUGCAGGCCCACCCCGGAGGAGGCACUCAAAUGGGGGGAAUCUCUGGACAAGCUGCUGGCCCAUAAAUGUAAGUCUGCCUUUCCUUCUUAUUCUUCUCCUUCUUUAUUCUCUCCAUCCAUUUAAUCAAUCAAACCCAAGGGGAUAAAGGAAAUUACUCAUGCCCAUCUGGGGUUGAUUGCCAUAUGGUCCUAUGUGGAUCUGGUUUAAGUUUAACUGAAGCAUGGGGAACAAUUGCAUUAAUUAUGAAUAAGGAACAAUGUGCAUGGGUCUGGUACGGGCAGGAAAUAUGCUCAUAUUGACAUGCAUUAAGCAUGCAUGCCUUGCUUGUUGCUUGUGCGAUGUGAAUUCAGUGUGUGUGUGAGUUGUUGCACGCCUGCAGUGAAUGGGCAGCCUGUUGAGGCACUCUGCUGCAGCUCUCCCACUAAUCCCAGUGGAUGAAUAGAACCGUGCAUUACUGUAUGGGGAGAGGGACCAGAUUAUUGGCUGGGUGGCUGAGAGAGAGAGAGAGAGAGAGAGAGAGAGAGAGAGAGAGAGAGAGAGAGAGAGAGAGAGAGAGAAGGCUUCAGAGUAGUGUUGCUAUAUUUGUAUGCUUCCAUAAUUCAUAGCCUUGGUCUGAGUGCUGUGGGGCUGGGUGUCCAAAUCCAUAUUCAACUCCCUCUCUUAGCGGGACAACACUUGAAUCCCUUUCUUUUCCUCCCUCUGGCUGACCUGUAGGGAAAGUCUCUCUCUGCUCUUAGUGUAAUGUAAUCAGCCCAGGGGGGUUCAUGUGAACGGAAAGGUGUGGGCGACCAGGCAGGGUGGGACUCUGCUUCCUGCUAUUCUUACCCUGCUGAUGGCUUUUCCUUAAGUAAUUAAAAACACCAAUCCCAAUAGCCAAAGCAACAGAAAUCGGUUGACAAGCAAACUGACCCCACCUAGAACAAGAAAGGCUUCUCUUUGUUCAGAGACAAGAUGGAAAAAGACAUUCCAAUGAGUGGUGUUGAUGACAGGAAAAGGUAACAGAGUAUAGUGUAGGGUCAGUGGGGUGAUGCUGGAUAACUGUUGUGUAUGGGAGAUGAAUGGAUAGGUGUCUCGGAGGUGACUGCAUGCUGGCUAUAGUCCCCUUUUUAACAGUGUGACUCAAUGGACUGGGCUACUGUGCUAUUUUAGGUAGUCUCCCUUACUGAGAGAGAUGCCGCAGUGUUGCCAUGGCUCUCCAGUCAUGUCCACUAACCCACACCUCUGUCUUUCUUUUUCCUUCCCCCUUUCAGAUGGCCUGGCGGCGUUCAGAGCUUUCCUGCGCACAGAGUUCAGCGAGGAGAAUCUGGAAUUCUGGCUGGCAUGUGAGGAUUACAAGAAGAUUAAGUCGCAAUCCAAGAUGGCGUCCAAAGCCAAGAAGGUCUUUGCUGAAUACAUCGCCAUCCAGUCUUGUAAAGAGGUGAGCAGCAAUCCCCAUACACUCACAGACCCAUACUCACAAGGGAUGGUGGUAAAUACCAUUCAACUGUCAUUUACCCUCUCUAGCCGUUAGGCAAUGUUUAUACCUAAAUGAGGUCUCCAUUUCCAUUUUCCAAAUUGUUUACUUUGAUUUAUUGUAAAAGACUUAGUCAGCGGCCCAUCAAUUAAGAUAGUGUUCUCUAAUCCCAACUUCACUCGCCUUGAUUCCGCUUCUAACACUUCCCUGACAGAAACUAGGCUAUGAACUUGUUCCUGCUGUAAAUAGAAAAAGCUGUGAUUUUGGCAGGCCCCCUCAGCAUUGUUCCCCCCGCUAAAGAUGUUAGGUGAUGAAUGUGUAAUGCCUGUCAGAAGGUGCUCCCACAAGGGAACGAGCGAGCUGGAGAGGAUGUGAGAUCAUUCCUGACAAACUGUCUUUCUUUGGCCGCAUGACAUGCACUAAAUAGACUCCUUCACUUUUCCCCUUUUCCCUUUUUGUUUCAAACCUGGAGAGCCGGGUGGAAACUUCAAAUCACAAAUCAGCCCCAACUGCUUGAACCAGUUGUCAGUAGCACUGAAACUAACCUGCUCUGCUGCUUCUUCCCCUCCCUCCUUCCCUCGUUCCCUCUCUCAGGUGAACUUGGACUCGUACACCCGAGAACACACCAAGGACAACCUUCAGAAUGUGACGCGCUCCUGCUUCGACCUGGCCCAGCGCAGGAUAUACGGCCUGAUGGAGAAGGACUCGUACCCCCGCUUCCUCCGCUCAGAACUCUACAUGGACUUAGUCAACCAGAAGAAGGCCAGCACCACGUCCACCUCCUCAUCGUCGUAAACACACAGAGAUUGAGAGAGAAAGUGAGAGACGACGACAAAAGAGAGAAGACAGAGACUUGAAAGCAGGGGGAGGUUGAUUUUUUUAUACGUUCGCCGUUUUGUUUCUGCCAUCUUCCUGUCCCACUAUAAUUUGGGUGUGAGAGAGACAGCAAGCUAGGCUGUGGGAUUGAGGGGGAUGUUGUUUACACAACGACCAUGAUGACGGGCCGAUUGUGGAUGGAUGAAAGGAUGGAGAGGAGAGCCCAGUCAGGACAGCUGGUCACAGUCAUGUGACGGCUGGACACUUCUCUGAUCACUCUCAUUGAUAAUUGAUCACUGUCUGUCUUUCAUAACGAUAUACAUUAAUUUGUCCGGAUGUACUGUAGAAAGGAUGGGGUGCUGAAACCUCCGCAGACAUGAAGACAGUCCGGUACUGUUUUGGCGCUUUUGUUGAUAUUUACCUUCUUCUUUUUUUUACACCCCCAAUCAC